AUGCACAAGCCCUGCUGCGUUCGAUCCGAUGACGAUGAUGAUGAUGUUGCACGCAAAGUCUCUCUAAACUCGACAACUUCUCUCUCAAACCAAUUCUCUCUCUCUCUCUCUCUCUCUCUCUCUCUCUCUCUCUCUCUCUCUCUCUCUCUCUCUCUCUCUCUCUCUCUCUCUCUCUCUCUCUCUCUCUCUCUGUGUUACGCUUUCAAGAAUGGAAUGACUCCAGUGAAGCUGCGCGUGCAAUCUGAGGGUGUCAGGACACUGACAUCCCGCCCUCCCUCUGCUGAGCCCGUGGCUGGUGAGCUUGCCCUUACUGUGAUGGCCGCGACACCACAAACCCCUGCCAUGGCAGAAGCCCCAUCGCCUGCCGUCACCGGCAACAUGCCACGCGCCACAAAAUCGCUCAAGCACAUCUUUCACCUGAACCGCAAGCACGCUCAAACGCAUGCCGAUGACUUUAUUCAGGCCGAUAGCAAUCAGCGCGGCCCUGGAUUAGGCAACGAGGAUGGUUUUUUCAAACAGAUUGAAGACGCUGCUGCCGCUGCCGAUGCCGUUGAUAUCAAGCCCGAGGACGCUGACCUCACAGCUCACAAAGUCCAGUCUGCUCUUGAUGACGAACGCAAAAUUCGCAAAGCCGAUCAAGGCGGUCGUGCCAACGUUGGUGGUGCAGUGACGGCUCAUUUGCUGGCCUCUCCCAAAAUCGAUGAUGACCUGAACGAGCAAGCCUACGUCUCCGUGCUAAGCGUCAUCUUGAACCAAAUUGGUGGCUACCAAGACAAGGUGGGCGUCACCACACCGACUUGUUUAACGCAAGCCACCUCGUCCCAGCUGUCCCGUGCCUCGCGCUACAGCAUCCACUUACCCAACCGGCAUCACUUGGCUCGUGGCACACAGCGCAUGUCUCAGGAGAGCUUGAUCAAGUAUGCGCGAGAAGCCUAUGGAAUCACUAGCGAUGCCAAGCACCAGGAGUUGUUGGAGCGUGCUGAACAACUGGCGCCUUCCUCGCGAAAGUUUCUCCGUGUGGUGUUGCAACGCGCGGAAGGCCUUUUGGCCAAAGAUGCUGGCAACACCUCGGAUCCAUUUGUCAUCUUUCGCAUCUAUGACAUUGGGGCCAGUGACAAGUCAAUGCAUCACGUGCAGGACAAGCAUGCAUCGGAACAUCAACAGCAAAUCUCAACAGUCAAACACAAAACAUGCGACCCUGAGUGGAACGAAGUUUUUGAGUUUGAAGUUCCAGACCCCGAAUGUAUUCUGGUCCUAGACGCCUGGGACGACGACGGCGAUAACAGCGUCAUCAAAGACCUGACCAAGAUUCGGAAGAUGUCACAUUUUGCACGAGCCAUGCGAGAGGGCUUGCAUGCCAUCUCGGGCAAGAGUGCCGACGGCGCCGCUGACUUUUUGGGAUGCGUGGAUGUGCCAGUGAUUGCCAUGCCUGCCAACGGCACUGACCAAGAGUUCCCGCUGCAGAAACGCUCCGAAAAGUCAAGCGUGGCCGGAAAGAUUUUCCUCAAUAUCUCCUGGUUCACAAAACCGCUUCAGCCUGCCGACGAGGGCUAUCCCCGAACCUUUGAGCUGGUUCAGCUUCAUUAUUCGCUGAUGCAAAAGCUCAUCCUCAUUGAAGCCAAGGACACAUUGGGCGACGUGACGAAUGCUUGGGAUGGCCGGUUUUCUGUCCAAAGCCAAACCAUCUUGGAUCAGCAUGCACUACAAAUUGCGCUCACAGAUGUUCAGCGUGCCGUCACACUCUUUCGCUGUUUGAUCGACCACCACGUCUGUGAAGGCGUCUACAUCUCUGCCAUCAGUGAUGCCCUCAAGCGCGUGGCCAAGACCAUCCCGCCGCAGGCCGAUGAGCGUGCUGGACUGGCGCCAGAAGAGGCGCUAUGUUUUGCCGACGCGGUUGAAAACAUGAUCGUUUCUGGACUGGAAACCAUUGGCAAUGUUUUUGACGUCAUCGAGCCUUCAGAAGACGGUGCCGUGUACAUGCUUUCGGUCAUCACCGUGUUGCGCCUUUGCUUCACGAUGCCGCCGUGGCUGGCCAAGGGCACCAAUAGCGAGCGCCGUUUAGCCAAUGAGGUAGAGGGCGUAUUCUUCAAGUAUUGUCAAGAAUACUACGACCGUCAGAAACAGGAAUUGCACGACGAUGACAAGUUUGUUGGCAAGGACGUCGUUCAGACCGUCAAACUCAUGCGUCGUAUCAUGGAGAAGCUUUCCUUCCUCCACAAAUACUGCAGCGUGGCCUUUGAACCGCUGGGAUUGAACGUGAUUGCCUUGGCCAUCAAGGCCUGGGAUGCCUUGCUAGUGAAGGAUAUCAAGCAAGUUGCGGAGGCAUGGACUGGCACCACCUCGACCAUUGUCGAUGAGAGUGAGGACAUCAGUGCUUACGGCAUUAUCUUCGAGCUCUAUUUCUCGACCAAGAAACUGCGUGACACGAUGGAAAACUUGAUGGAUGAUGAGGAUGUUGAUCAGCUGGAGAUCACCAAUCUCAAUGCCGUCUUUCAGCCCGUGAUCCUGCAUUGGAUCUCACUGACUCAAGUGAUGGGUGUCAAGUGGAUUCAGAAGGCCAUUGAGUACGACAAACUGACCCGCGUGACCGCCGAAUCCAUGUUUUCGUCAAGCGUGCUUGACAUUUUCCGUCUAUUGAAUGACAUUUGGAGCUUGUGGACGCGUUUGGAUUGGCCACAACAAGACAUGGCCGAGAUUUUCAUGACCAUGCUGGGUGACUCCAUGUGCAACUGUGCGCUUGCAUACUUACGCGGAUUACAAGCUGAGAUCAAGCGCCAGGUGUGUGCCUUGACCUGCAGAUGCUUUGUAAAACUGCCGAACACGUUUUGCACCAUCAAAGCUGACAUCGUGCGUGAUGUACAUGCAUACAUCAGGGCUAUUUUGACAUUGAGGGGCAGUUUGACAUUUCCGACAAGCUGUGCAUCGCUCUGA